AUGUUCGCCAGAGCCGGAGCCAACUGCGCUCGCAGCAUGAGACCUGCAAGAAACUAUGCCACUUUGAGAGAAAUUGAGACCCGUUUGAAGUCUAUCAAGAACAUCGAGAAGAUCACCAAGACUAUGAAGAUCGUUGCGUCCACUCGUUUGUCCAAGGCCGAGAAGGCUAAGGCCACAGCCAGACAGUAUUCUGAAGCUGAAAAGGAAUUUUACCAAAGUGCUGAGACCAAGCCUCUAGAAGCAGAGGAGCCCAAGAGCUUGAUCAUUGCAGUUACUUCCGACAAGGGUUUGUGUGGUUCCAUCCACUCGCAAUUGGCCAAGGCUGUUAGAAAUGAGCUUUCAAGCAACCCAAGUGCUGAUGUCGUUACUGUCGGUGACAAGGUUAAGGCACAAUUGUUGAGAACACACGGUGACCACGUCAAGUUGGCAUUCAGUGGUGUUGGUAAGGAAGCUCCAACCUUCCUAGAGAGCUCUUUGAUUGCCAACAAAAUCUUGGAAUUGGGUGGUGCCAAAUACUCCAAGAUCAGCAUCUUCUACAAUGAUCCUGUCUCUUCAUUGUCUUUCGAGCCAAACACCAAGAAUGUCUACAACGCCGAGACCAUUGAGCAAUCCCCAGCUUUCUCCAAGUUUGAGAUUGACGCAGACUCUAAGGUCUCCCUUGACAUGUUUGAAUUUACUCUUGCCAACCAGAUCCUUGCUGCCAUGGCCGAUGGUUACGCUGCUGAAAUUUCCGCCAGAAGAAACGCCAUGGACAAUGCUUCCAAGAACGCUGGUGACAUGAUCAACAGAUACUCCAUCUUGUACAACAGAACCAGACAAGCCGUCAUCACCAAUGAGUUGGUCGAUAUCAUCACUGGUGCUUCCUCAUUGGAUUGA